UCUCAUGCGGCCGCUUUCAUUCUGCUUCCUUUUAGCAUUUAGCUAGAUGGGGUGGUUAUCGUCUGUGCUCCCGUAGAGGAGUAACGGGUUUGAAUUCUGGGAUGGUUCGUUGAAUAAUUGUCUUUUGGUUGCAAACAUGGCGCUUUCGAUGGAAACACAGCUUCAGAGCAUCUUUGAAGAUGUUGUGAAAACUGAGAUGAUAGAAGAGGCCUUUGCUGGGAUGUUUAUGGACACUCCAGAGGAUGAGAGGACUAAGCUGAUCAGUUGUCUUGGAGCCUUCAGACAGUACUGGGGAACCCUGCCACAGGAGUCUCAUGAACAGUGUGUGCAAUGGAUUGUGCGCUUUAUACACAGUCAGCACAGCCCCAAGAGGAUCUCCUUCCUCUACGACUGUCUGGCAAUGGCUGUGGAGACCAGUCUUUUACCACCCAGGAUGGUGUGCGUGGCCUUAAUAAGCUCAGACAGUUUGGAGUGGGAGAGGACACAGUUGUGGGCAUUAACUUUCAAGCUGAUCCGCAAGAUCAUCGGGGGAGUGGACUACAAGGGUGUUCGGGACCUGUUGAAAGCUGUGCUGGAUAAAAUUCAAACUAUUCCUACCACUGUCAGCUCAGCUAUAGUCCAGCAGCUUUUGGCUGCCAGAGAGGUGGUAGAAUAUAUCCUGGACAGAAAUGCCUGUCUCCUUCCAGCCUACUUUGCUAUCACAGAAAUUAGAAAACUGUAUCCAGAGGGGCAGCUCUCACACUGGCUUUUGGGCAGUUUGAUAUCAGACUUUGUGGACAGUUUUAGACCCACAGCCCGGAUCAACUCUAUCUGUGGACGAUGCAGUCUGUUGCCAGUGGUGAAUAACAGCGGUGCUAUCUGUAAUUCCUGGAAAUUAGACCCCAGCACUCUUCGCUUCCCUCUGAGAGGCAUGCUGCCGUUUGACAAGGACCUUUUUGAGCCACAGACAGGGUUGCUACGCUAUGUACUAGAACAGCCUUAUUCAAGAGAGAUGGUGUGCAACAUGUUGGGGCUCAACAAGCAGACUCUGAACAUUGCCCAGCAUAAGCAGCGUUGCCCGGUGCUGGAAGAGCAGCUGGUGGACCUGGUGGUGUACGCCAUGGAGCGCUCUGAGACUGAGGAACACUUUGACGCCGAUAUCGGAGGAACUAGUCAGCUGCUGUGGCAGCACCUCUCCUCCCAGCUCAUCUUCUUUGUGUUGUUUCAGUUUGCAAGUUUCCCUCACAUGGUGCUGUCGCUACACCAAAAGCUUGCAGGUAGAGGUCUCAUUAAAGGGAGAGAUCAUCUUAUGUGGGUCCUGCUUCAGUUCAUAUCAGGAAGCAUUCAAAAGAACGCCUUAGCUGACUUCCUGCCUGUCAUGAAGCUUUUUGACCUGCUUUACCCAGAAAAAGAGUGCAUUCCAGUUCCUGACAUUAACAAACCCCAGUCGACCCAUUCGUUCGCUAUGACCUGCAUCUGGAUCCAUUUGAACCGCAAAGCUCAGAACGACAACUCCAAACUGCAGAUACCCAUACCGCACUCUCUGAAGCUGCACCAUGAAUUUCUUCAGCAGUCGCUGCGUAACAAGACCCUGGGCAUGUCCGACUAUAAGAUCGCCCUGCUGUGUAACGCCUACAGCACCAACUCGGAGUGCUUCACUCUGCCAAUGGGCGUCCUGGUUGAGACCAUCUAUGGAAAUGGAUCCAUGAGGAUCAACCUUCCCGGCACCAACUGUAUGGCUUCGGGAUCGGUCACUCCGCUGCCCAUGAAUCUGCUGGAUUCGCUCACUGUGCAUGCAAAGAUGAGUCUGAUCCACAGUAUUGCCACGCGUGUCAUCAAAUUGGCCCAUGCCAAGUCCAGCAUUGCUCUUGCCCCUGCAUUGGUAGAGACGUACAGCAGAUUGUUGGUCUACAUGGAAAUUGAGUCCCUGGGCAUCAAAGGAUUCAUCAGUCAGUUGUUGCCCAACGUGUUCAAGUCUCACGCGUGGGGAAUCCUUCACACAUUACUGGAGAUGUUCAGUUACAGGAUGCAUCACAUCCAGCCACACUACAGAGUCCAGCUGCUGAGUCACCUGCACAGCUUGGCUGCUGUGCCACAGACCAACCAGAACCAGCUACAUCUGUGUGUUGAGAGCACAGCUCUGCGCCUGAUCACAGCUUUGGGGAGCUCGGAGGUGCAGCCGCAGUUCACCCGCUUCCUCAAUGACCCAAAGACAGUUUUGUCAGCCGAAUCCGAGGAGCUGAAUCGCGCCCUGAUUCUCACUCUGGCCAGAGCCACACACGUCACCGAUUUCUUCACAGGGUCUGACUCCAUCCAGGGCACUUGGUGUAAGGACAUCCUGCAGACAAUCAUGAGUUUUACGCCUCAUAACUGGGCCUCACACACGCUAUCCUGCUUCCCUGCACCACUACAGGCGUUUUUCAAGCAGAACAACGUUCCUCAGGAGUCGCGCUUCAAUCUGAAGAAGAACGUCGAGGAGGAGUACAGGAAGUGGAAGUCGAUGGCCAAUGAGAAUGACAUCAUCACCCACUUCUCCAUGCAGGGCUCACCUCCACUGUUCCUCUGUCUGCUGUGGAAGAUGCUGCUGGAGAUGGACCAUAUAAACCAAAUAGGCUUUAGGGUCUUGGAACGUAUUGGAGCACGUGCACUGGUGGCUCACGUGCGCACAUUUGCCGACUUCCUUGUCUAUGAGUUCUCAACGUCAGCUGGCGGGCAGCAGCUUAACAAGUGCAUUGAAAUACUCAAUGACAUGGUCUGGAAAUACAACAUAGUCACGCUGGAUAGACUCAUUCUGUGCCUGGCGAUGCGUAGCCACGAGGGAAACGAGGCUCAGGUUUGCUACUUCAUAAUCCAGCUGCUGCUGCUGAAGCCCAAUGACUUCAGAAACCGAGUCAACGAUUUUGUCAAGGAGAAUGCUCCCGAGCACUGGCUGCAGAACGACUGGCACAGCAAACACAUGAGCUACCACAAGAAAUACCCAGAGAAGUUGUACUUUGAGGGUCUCGCAGACCAAGUCAACCCUCCCAUGCAGCUCCAGCCUCAGUACCUGCCAAUCUACUUUGGGAAUGUGUGUCUGCGCUUUCUGCCCGUUUUUGACAUUGUCAUCCACCGCUUCCUGGAGCUCCUUCCUGUCUCCAAGUCUCUGGAGACGCUGCUGGAUCAUCUGGGAGGGCUGUACAAGUUCCACGAUCGCCCUGUGACCUACCUGUACAACACCCUUCACUACUAUGAGAGACACCUGAGAGACAGAACCAACCUCAAGAGAAAACUGGUUCAUGCCAUCAUGUCUUCACUGAAGGACAACCGCACUCCAGGCUGGUGUCUCAGCGAAACCUAUCUGAGGUUUGGCAUGAAUGCCCGUGAAGAAAACGUGUGGAUCCCUGAUGACACCUACUACUGCAAGCUGAUUGGACGCCUUGUGGACACCAUGGCGGGAAAGUCACCGGGUCCUUUUCCCAACUGUGACUGGAGGUUCAACGAGUUCCCCAACCCUGCGGCCCACGCCCUGCACGUCACCUGUGUGGAGCUGAUGGCUUUGGCCGUGCCAGGAAAAGAUGUGGGAAACGCUUUGCUUAAUGUUGUGUUGAAAAGUCAGCCUCUGGUCCCCAGAGAGAACAUCACUGCCUGGAUGAAUGCCAUUGGACUUGUGAUCACUGCACUUCCAGAACCAUACUGGAUCGUUCUCCACGACCGCAUCGUUUCUGUGAUCAGCUCUCCGGCAUUGACAUCGGAGACAGAGUGGACAGGCUAUCCCUUUGCCUUGCUUGACUUCACCGCCUGCCACCAGAGCUACAGUGAAAUGAACUGCAGCUACGUGCUAGCAUUAGCACACGCCGUGUGGCAUCACUCAUCCAUCGGACAGCUGUCUCUGAUCCCCAAAUUCCUGUCAGAGACUCUGAAGCCAGUCGUCAAGACAGAGUUCCAGCUGCUGUACGUGUAUCACCUGGUGGGGCCGUUCCUUCAGCGCUUCCAGCAAGAGAGGACGCGUUGCAUGUUGGAGAUUGGUGUUGCCUUCUAUGAGAUGCUGCAGGCAGUUGACAAACACUGUCAGCAUCUCAGCUACAUGGACCCGAUCUGCGAUUUCCUGUAUCACAUUAAAUACAUGUACACUGGAGACAGCGUGAAGGAGCAGGUGGAGAAAAUCAUCAUGACUCUGCGUCCUGCCAUGAAGCUGCGUCUGCGCUUCAUCACGCACAGCAGCAAGAUAGAGACGUCAUCCUCAGCUGCCAGCGCUGCCUCCGCUUCCUCCGCCUCUUCCUCCUCCGCCACCCCGCAGCCCCCUCCGUCCACACUCUCAUCCUCCACCGCUGCCGCCUCGCCCUCCCCCUCCUCCUCACAGCACACACACACACCUAUGUAGGUGGCCUUGCCAAACACAAACGCACAGUAGCGAUCAUAACUAUGAACUUACAUUUUGUUCGUUUUAUUCUCAUUUAGAUAUUUUGUAUCUCGUGUGUUUAUAAACAAGGCCUCCUGCAAGAAUUUUGUGCAAAUUAUUUUCAAAAUCUCAACUUAUGACAAAGUUAAAACAAAUAAAUUUUUUUUCUUCUUAUGUUUUUCUGUUCAGGAAACUCCAUAGACUGAGUUUGACAAAAUAUUUAAGCCUUAACAUAACAGACAAAAUGGGUCACAGGAAAACAGAAGAUUUUUUGUGGCGUAAUUUUAUCGUAUUUUUUUUUUGUAGACAUUUUUUUUAUGUUGUACAUUAUUACUUCAUUAAAAACGGAGGCAAGUUUUUAAAAUAAUGGGUCUUUGUAACAAAAACUGUGUAUUUCUUUAUUUAGACUGUAUCCUCAUGGUCUCAAACCAGUGAUCUUUCAUGUGUUCAUGUGUCAACCACUUUACCUACACAUGGAUCCACUAUGUUACUGUAAAUAUAAUAACCAUGCAUAUUAAGGUUUUUCUAAGAAUUAUUCAGUCAAACUAAAAUUUUGUGUUUUUUGUUGCUUCUCUCAUGUUUUUCAUUUGUUCCUGGGCAGGCUAGAAAUACCAGACUGAUUCUGACAGGUCAGCUCACCCCUUACUCUUACUGUGGACAAACACCUGUUUAGUAGGUGAGCCCAAAGCAAUAUACAGGUUCUGUCUGAUGCAAUAUAGUAACAACCAGCAGGGGGAGCCCAGCAUUUACAGAUGACAUCAGUCACUUUCCUCACAGAUGGAAUUAAUGAAGGAUGGAGGGAGUCAUACAUUAGGAACCUUACCUUACCUUGCCCCAUUUGAUUGGUUCCCUUUCUCAAUGCCAGAGGAUAUGGAAAAAGCACAUAAACAGGUAUCCAUUAAGUUUGGUAGAAAGUUACACUCUGAGCCAGUAACAUUUUGUAUUCUGGCAGAGAGUUGGAGCUGGGAAUUUUGCCAUUUGACAGUUGGCAGUAAAGCUAAUGGUUAGACAUAGACUUCAUUCCAAAUCCUUGGGGUAUAUUGUUGGGUCAGUAAAUCAAAUUAUAAUUAAAUUGGUGCCUUUGGAUGUUGGGCAGUGGCGAGGGUAACUACAUAGUUUUACCAACUAUUUUUACUUCCCACUGGAGAAGCUGAACUACAGCAAAGCUGAUCAAUGGAAACAUGUAGUUUAGAUUCCUAAAGCUGCUUAGAGGAAGUAGUUAAAUAUUAGUUUACAUCAUUUAUUCAAAAUAUCACAGAAAAUUACAAACAAAUGAUAUUUCCUUUUAUGUCACAUUGUAGUUUUAGUAUGUGUUUAUGUAAAUCAUCAUGGAAAUGUAUCCAACUGCAAAAUUGAGUCAGAAGUAGUGAAGUCUUAUUCUCUAAUGUCAGUGUUCAUCUCUGAUUAUUAUCCCAAAUUUGCUGUUAUAUGGCACGUGGAUAAACUAAACAUCGUUCCACUCAAGAACAAACGUAAUAUACUAAAAUAAAAAAGGUCACACUGGUGCUGUAAAGUGUAACAUAUUACAGAAGCACCUUAAAGGAGUGUGUUACUGCACUUGUGUGUUGAAAGUCAUAAUGCUGUUUGACCCACAAUCUGGAAGGAUGUUAAUCGUGGUCAUCAGCAGCAAAAAAAGCACGCUUGGACCAAAUGCAGUUCCUCAAAUGGCCACUUGAGGUUGGCUUCAAAACAACCCAACAAAUGACUGACGUCCUGUCUGCACAGCUUCACUUUAGUUAUGUGUCGCUUGCGAACGAGACGACUCUGAAAGCUGAUUCUUUGUAGUGAACAAGAAGAACUGAAUCUUCAGACGGUCCUGCUCAGCUGGCAGAGGCGGGACUUUAUCUUGAUGGUCCCCCAUACAGCCAAUCACAUGCAAAGACAGACAAGGACCAUACCAUUGUAUGAAAGAAGGAAGGGGAGAGACACUCUGAAAACAGCGGGUAUAGUGCAAAGGUACAUUGUCCAUUGUGGAGGACAAUAGGGUUCAAACUAUCGGCCAGGCUUUAAACUCCAUGGAAGUUCUCCACAGUGGUGGUAAAUGUUUAUGAAAACACUGAUUUAAAAGUUGCUUAUCAACAUGCAAACCAUUAGGCUACAACAGAAGGCCUAGAACUGAAGAGCCAUUUGGGCUGGCUCUUUGAAAAGAACCAGACCUCUCAUCACUACAUCCACUAAAUCAAGAUUUCU